ACUGGUAGUCCUCAGUGCUGCUUACAGGGGGAUUUCCUCUAGCUCCAAACAGUUUUUCCAUGCCAUUGAGCUUGAAAACAUCCAUAGGCACGUGGGUCUUAUCUCUCAUUUGGAACUGUACAAUCUUGAUGGUCUGCCUGAACAUAUCGCACCACCUCCUGCAUGUCUCUGAUUGCCCACAAGGAGAAAUGUCUCCUAGCGUCCCGCUCCCAGUUCUGCUCUCCCUUAUGAUGAAUCUGCCUUCAUUGCCAUUACUUUGGUGCAUAGCAAACUAACAGACAACGCAGUUUCUGUAAGCACAUGUUGAGUUUAAGCAGUGUCUUUGUGGUCUUCGCUGCCUCUGCCGCAUCCCUGUUGACCUGGGCCUCUUUUCCCAUCUGCAAUCAUGCCAUCCUGAUGUUUUGAUGGCACUUACACCAGCAUCGACAGCACAUCUCUGAUGACGUGCACGGAGAAAUGUCCCAGAAAUUUAGCCUGAGAGCAUGCACUUGAGAGCUAAGCACUGGUGUCCUUCAUGGCUGACGUUCACUGUGACUGGUGGCCAUGCUCACCAGGAACGCAGUAAUGCUGCCAAUGACAUCUCUAUGAGGGAAAUCCAAUUGAAAUCCCUGAAAACCUAAAUGGAGAAUUCCAAAUCAAUUAAUUGGCCUUAGGACACAGCAAUACAGACAAACUGUUUUGAUGGUAGGCAGUAUGAAUCUGCAGCAAAACACUUGAGAUGAAAGAAGCAAGAUAUUAACUACUAGCAAGGUCUUUGCAACCACCAACCGCUAGCUGUUUUGAUGCUUCAUGACCAUGGAAUGUUUCUGUCCUCACGUGCGUCAUGAACACAGCAUAAAAGCUCCUGCUGCAGCAGGCUCAGCAUCGUCUUUGCGUCCUUCAUUCUCCUCCAGAAACGAGGAAACGCAGGAGGUCGUCCUGGUGCAACAAGCAUCCAGUACAUCAAAGAUUUGCUGCCAGUCUUUCCAAUUGAGCCCAGAGCUUUGCCUCCCUCAGCGAGAGAUGUCGUGCCUCAGACCCUGUGUCCCAUCCCCCUGCGGUGCCUCUGGCCCAACCCCACUGGCAAGCAGCUGCAGUGAGCCAUGUGUCGCCCGCUGCGCUGACUUGACUGUGGCCAUCCAGGCCUCUGCUGUGGUGAUGACCCUGCCAGGCCCCAUCCUGAGUAGAGCGGCAGCUUCUUCUCAGUGGUGCUCCCGUGAGAGGACGAAAAGCAGUGAUCAUCAGUGGGAAUCCACAGAACACCACACACAGUAUUCCUCAUGUUCUUUGAAGAUAGUCAAAGAUGGGAAUGAGCUUUCCAGGGAUGUUGAGAAGUCUGUCUCACUGGAAUAAGCAACAUCCCAGCAGACAUUGCUCUGAACAGCCUCCUCAGGAAAACACAUUCUGUCCCAUGCCUGAGAUUUCUUACCCAACCAUUGGGUGCUGACACAUCUGUAAACCAAGUUAUGCUGUGUUACCAUGCAGAAAAGUAGUGAGUGCCCCAUCCCUGCAAGUUCUCCAGGCCAGGUUAUCAGUAGCAAGGACUUGAAACCCAUCCUAGAAGUGGGGGAGAAACAACAUCAAAAAAGGUGCAUUUAAGAUAACCAGCAAAGCUUUGACCCACUUAAGAUCAUAGAAUGACAGAAGUAUCUGCAACAAAGGAACAAUGGACGGUGACGUCCAGGUAGCAUCUCCAGACUCUCUGGAAUGUAAGGUGGUAUUAACUUUUGAUAAAAGUCUACGUGUGCCAUGCAGAUCCUUGGUGCAGAACUGUAACUGCGUGGGAGAGUGGGAGAGAGAUACAGAACGGACAGCUUUGGACAGACAGUAUCUGCAACUCAAACUGUGUCGUUGUAUAUUGAAGGAAGACAUGUCAUUGGUUCGAGGAUUCUGUUUUCCAGCUCAUGAAACAGCUACUAUGCCACUGGUAUCUUAGAACUGCCUACAAACACAAAUGCGGUGAUUAACACGGCAGGGGAGGAAAAAAAAGAGUCACACUUGCUGCCAUCUCUCCAGAGACCAAAUCCUUCAGGGAACGGUCUGAAAGCUUGCUGACAAGGUCUCAAAAGCCUCCGUGUAGAACUACGCUCCUGUAUACAAAAAGCAGUCACAGCUUGGUCCAGACUGUCAGAGAUUCAACAAAGAUUGUAGAACCAUGACUACUUUAAGACACUUACAAUUUCUCUUCCUUGCAUGAUUUCAGGAAUAACAAAGGAACACAAAGACUUGGAUCAAAAGAUGGGUUCAAUGAGCAGCUGAUUGAUCCUCAGAUGAUAAGUCUCAAGCUUUGGUUUCCUUCUGCCCUGUUUGUGAACCUCACAAAGACUAAGUCUUGUCUCUGUUCAGCUACACACUUCUUUGAAUGGAGGAGAAGAAUUCCACCCAAAUCAACAUCUUUCUCUUGCUAGGAUUCCCAGGCCUUAUGGACUUGAAGGUAUUGCUCUUCAUAGUAUUGCUGCUGACAUACAUUGUAACGGUUGUGGAGAAUGUGCUCAUCAUUUCCCUGAUCAAAGCAAACCAUGAACUCUGCAAACCCAUGUAUUUCUUUCUUGGUCAGCUGUCUUUCAUUGAGGUCUGGUACAUCUCUGUCACUGUCCCCAAACUCCUGGCAAAUUUCAUUGCAGAAGACAGGAGCAUUUCCUUUGCUGGAUGCAUGACCCAACUCUAUUUCUUCAUUUCUUUCAUGUGCACUGAAUGUGUCCUUCUCUCUGCCAUGGCGUACGAUCGCUAUGUGGCCAUCUGUCAACCACUGCACUAUCUCUUCAUCAUGACGUACCAAAUGUGCGUAUGCCUGAUAGCUCUCUCCUGGUUCACUGGGUUCACUGUGUCCUUGAUCAAGAUUUCCUUCAUCUCUCAGUUGGAGUUCUGUGGUUCCCAUGUUAUUAACCAUUUCUUCUGUGACAUCAGCCCAGUGCUAAACCUUGCCUGCACUGAUAUGUCAGUGGCAGAGAUGGUGGACUUUGUGUUGGCCUUGUUCAUCCUGCUCGUUCCCCUCUCCAUCACGGUUGUCUCCUACCUAUUAAUUAUCACAACAAUCCUGCACAUCCCCACCACCCAAAGUAAGAAGAAAGCCUUCUCUACAUGUGCUUCCCACUUAACUGUGGUCGUCAUUUUCUUCUCAGCCACUCUCUUCAUGUAUGCGCGGCCCAAGAAAAUCUCUUCUUAUGAUAUGAAUAAACUUGUGUCAGCUGUGUAUGCUAUUGUCACACCCAUGUUAAAUCCUUUCAUUUACUGCCUGAGGAAUCAGGAACUGAAGAGAGCAUUUAAAAAAACUCUCUCAGUAAAAAUCACUGUCUCUGAAGUCUCCAGAACCAUUCCUUCCAUCCAAAUGUAA